GUCAUUCAUCCUAUUUUAACAACAUGUCUCUGAGGUGCAGGUCUGGAAUGUGCCUCCCGCAGUUAAUGCUUCUUCUCAUCUGCUGCUCAGCCAAUGGUUAUUCAGAUGGUCCACUUUUCCAGCCGGAAACUACCUACAGAUAUCGCUACACGCUGGAUUUCAAGUUAGAACAUGCUUCUCAGCCUUCAAUGCCAGGAACCAGACUCAAGCUAGAUGCAUCUGUACAGACGUAUGUCUUAUGGAGAAAUAAGGACCAGACAGAUGAGCAGCUGGUACAUUUACAGAUAACGGAUUUUGCCUUUCACCAUAUGACAAAAAAACCCAACAAAAGCAAUGAUGCUGAACAGUAUUCCGAUAUCAAGCAGUUUAACGACACAGAAAGAAGCAGCAACUUCCUCCAACCUAUACUCUUUCACUGGAGUGCUGGGAAGGUUCUGAGUUUGUACAUUCCGAAAGAAGACAACAAACAAAUGCUUGAUUUAAAAAAAGGACUUGUCAGUCUGUUCCAAUUUCAGCUUAACCCUGGGAUUUACACAGAGGAAGAUGUUUCUGGCAAAUGCAGAGUUACGUAUGCCGUGUCCAAUGGUUUAAUUACAAAGACAAAAGCUUUGCACAGCUGCACAAAUUCUCCAUUCAGCAAUAAAGGCGAUGAGGUUUUGGGAAUUUCUUGGAACUCCACCAACCAUGGACAUGUAUUACUUAAUGGAAGUACUAUGCUGAAAGCCAUUUCAGAAGAAAGCCACGUAGUUUCCCUGCAUCUGAAAUCACUUCUUGGAUCUCAUAUUGCUUCUAGGCAAAAAUUGGAGCUCAUAUCACAUGCCCCAGGUCCUACAGAGUUUCUUGGACCAAAUGUUGAGAAAGUACUGGAAGAAGCUUCUGAAAAAUACGAGAAAGUAGAGAUCACAACUCACCAAGCAAAACAUUCUACACAAAGCCAGCUGCUUCAGGACUACUUUGGAUCCUCUAAGAAAAAAUUAUCUAAGAUAAAUGUAUCAAAAUCAUCAACAACAAGACAGUUUCACAAGUUUGUGAGGAUUCUACGCCAUGCCAAGAAACGGGACAUCCUACAAUUCUUACAAAAAGCAUCUGGCGACCUACUACCAUUUUCCGUUGAUGCGGCAGUGGCUGCACAAUCUCCAGCAUCUAUAGCGGCUCUGGGCGAAUUUCUGGAUUUCAGAAAAAAGAAUCAGGCCUCCUUGCAGGAAAAAUUUCUUUACUCUGCAGCUUUGGUCCGACAUCCUUCAAAGGAACUUCUUAACCUUGUGUUGAGUAAACUAAAAGCUAAAGUUUCUAACUCUGCUGUUAUGGAGACUGGAAUUUUAGUAAUCGGUGCUAUCAUAGGCAAAAUGUGCAGAGUGAAGCUUUGUGAAAUACAGGAUGUUGAAUAUGGAAAAUCAACACUAAUAGAAGGACUAAAGAAUGCAGAAGACGAGGCAGAGCUGAAAAUAUAUCUUCUUUCUUUAAAAAAUGCCCAGCUUCCUGAAACUAUUCCUCUUAUCAUGGAGUACACUGAAGAUCAUUCGAGUGUUGUGUGCAGUGCAGCGCUCUCUGCGCUGCAGGACUUUCCAGCUGAGUACAUAUCUACCAAGGAGGUGAAGGACGUUUUAAGAAACAUUUUUCAUCAAACGCACCAGCAGUAUGAUAAAAAGUGCCGGUUACUUGCAGCAGAGACUCUGCUGGCUACAGAUUUUUCACAGAUGGACCUUGUCAGUGUCUUGCAAGGCUUGGAUUCAGUGGACAAUGAAACAGCAAAGUUACUGCUCUCCAAAAUACAGAAAAGCCUGACCUUCAAACAUCCUUUCAAACAACAAGAGAAGAACUUUCUAAUUGGAAAAUACCUCAAUUAUGAGACAUUUUCAAGAACUGGAAAAUCAACCACCUAUUCUUGGCUUCUAACUGCCACAAGGGAUAUGGCGUCCAUCUACAGUAUGGAUCUCUUAUUCACGGAGUCUGGUUUAUUGAAGAGGACUGUCUCAGAUAUUACAGUAUUUGGUCUCGGCAACCAUCUCAAAGCAAUGAAGGUCUCUGUAGAUGCACGCGGCUUGGAGUCUCUGAUGGGAGAUGGCGGAACAGAAGAUAAGGAGGAUGAAGAUGAAGCGAUGGUUGGAAUGUCGGCAAUCUUGUUUGAUGUUCAACUUCGUCCAUUUGUAUUUUUCCAGGGUUACAUGGACCUAGUCUCUAAAUUAUUUACAAGUAGUGGGGAGCCCACUGCUGUGGUUAAAGGAAAUGCAUUACUUCUUGAUUACCAUAAGUGGUUGCCCAUGCAGUCUGGACUUCAUCUCCUGAUCGAGUGUCAGGGUGGAAUUGGAUUAGAAGUCUUGACCAACCUUGAUGUCAACAUUUGGGAACAGCAAUCUAAAACAAACAUCAAUACCAAGGCUGGUCUUUUUUUCGAAUUUAACACAGGAGUAGAAACUGCAUUCUUUAAAACAGACUUGAAGUCCCAGGUGGAUGCAGAUACCUCUGUAAACGUUGACACCAUGAUGACGUUUUCCAGCUUUCCAAUGCAUAUUUGUCUUGAGUUGUCUCAGGGAGACCUUCCGUACCGAGAAACAUACAUCCUGUCCGAAACCUUUCCAGAGAAGAACACAGUACGCAAAGGAAGGAAAUCCACUUUGUGGGGGAGAGAUUUCCCCUUGAACGAUGCAAACUCUUACAUAUGUAGAAGAUUAAAGGCUGGAGAUGAUUAAUAAGACACUCAAGUCACCUUGCCAAAGACUUACAAAGUUUUCUAUUCCAGUUUGUCUGUUUACUUUCAGCAUCUGAACCAAAGCUGCAAGAUAUCAGGGUUUAUCUUUUACCAAUAAAAUACCUUCAUGGACAUUUAAA